AUGGGGAAAAUGGUGAAGACGAAGAUGAAGGCUAAGUUUCAAGAUUCAGUUCAGAACUCAACUGAAUCUGAGACAUUUAAGUCAUUGUUUGGAAAAGAAAAAUUUGGUCGAGUUCGUUGCUAUGGAAUAACAACGAUACUAACCAUGCUUAAAAGAAAUGAAGAAAUUUUGGUUAUUAAAAAGCAGCAUAGUGAUGAAGUGGAUGGCAUGAAGAGGGAGAUGGAUGGUAUGAAGGCACUUUUUAAGACCAUGAUGAAGCAACGAAACCCACAUAUGAGUGAUGAGGAGAUCUCUAAUAUGAUGGCAACUGCAGUUCCAAUAGUACUACUGCUGUUCCACAUUCGUCUGUAUCAACUCAUAUUCCUCAUUGUGAAGAGGUAUACUCUAAACUACUGA